GAAUUCGUAUCGCAACUCAACAACUGUCGAUUUUGUGGCUUGAUACCAUGGUGAACGUUUCUAAUGCCCGUCCAAUUGGCAUACUGGUCGGAUAUUUACUGACCUGUGCCGCUAUCACUGCCCGCUGUCUACACCUUCUUUAUCGCCGUUCAAAGGUUUCACCUCGGAAAGAUGCAUCUCACCGCCGUAAUGCGAUACUUGUCUUCAGCGCCCUAGCGGCCGUAAGCCUUGCAACCACUUGGUACCAUAUGUUUUGCUUCUUCCAAUGGUCUUAUCAACAAUGGGCUUUGUCCGCGCCAGCCGGUCUUGAUACCAACAAGCUUCACCUAGGAGAAUGGCUUCGUGACACAACUCUUUUCAAGCAAGCUUGGGUGUCUACUCUGGAGAAGCCGCCGAGAGCUUGGUGGUCGCUUCAGAUUUUCGGGUUCUGCGCUAUCUGGAGUAUCAUGCUUGCAGCUCAGUCCAAGAAGGGGAGAAUUCCGCAUCUCUGGAUUUUCAUGCUGCUAGGCCAGAUCGUAGCCAUUUCCUUUGCUGCGAACCUGUCUUUCCUCGCUUUUACCGUCUUUGAUGAAGGGAGCCCAUCAGGGUCCAAGAAGAGUGCAAAAAAAUCCAAGCCCGACUCACGGACAGAACAAGGUUCCUGGCUGCCCCUUUCGUGGUUGGCCAUUCUUGCCAUCAACCUGGGCUGUGCUAUCGCCAUUCCAAACAAUCUCGACCACCCACAGUUCAUGUUUCUACUGUUGGCCCCUCACGUACUGGCCUUUGUGCCGCUGCUGGUGAAUUGCGUGUUCGCUACCCCGGCCCCUUCACGAUUGUCACAGCAGCCACCCUUGGUUGCCCAGGCUGCAACCAUGGCCAUCUUGCUUGGUACAGCUAUCACGGGUCUUACGAGAGAGGGCGGGGGUUGGGAGGAUAUCAAGACUGCAUUGUAUGAGCAUCCAGCCGUGAGCAGUGUAGGGUGGGACGUCAUCUGCUGCUGGACGAGUUUUACCGCCUGGCAUAUCCUAGGCAGAGCAUGAGCUUGAAUGACUUGGGAUGCUGGUUGAAUCAAGGAUCACAAGGUCAGGAAGUAAGACUAAUUCACAGUCCGGCUUUGAUUCUCCU